GACGGCUUCUCAGGUACAUUCUAUCAAUCUCAUUGGGAAACUGUCCAAGCUGUUAUUAGAGACUCAGCCUCCCAACACCAAUCCACAAACCACCUUCUCCAUUCUCUCAAUCAAACACACAUUGCCUUAAUCCCUAAAGACAACAAUCCAACCACUGCUUCCCAAUUUAGACCAAUAGCCCUCUGUAAUUUCUCUUACAAAAUUUUAGCAAAGAUUCUUGCUAACCGUUUGAAGCCUCUUAUGCCUUCUCUCAUAUCCACCAACCAGUCGGCUUUCGUAAAUGAGAGAUUGAUUCAGGAUAAUAUUAUGGUCGCCCAUGAGGUCUUCCAUUAUCUUAAACUUCUUCGGUCCGGCAAUGACGGUUCCUUUGCUCUUAAGUUGGACAUGAACAAGGCUUACGACCGUGUGGAAUGGUCGUUUUUGGAGAGUGUCCUUCUUAAAAUCGGUUUCUCCUUCAUCUUUACUAAGCUGAUCAUGAGCUGUGUCCGAUCAGUUACGUAUUCAGUGUUGUUCAAUGGAAAACCUGGACCAUGGUUCACCCCAUCAAGAGGCUUGCGACAGGGUGACCCACUGUCCCCCUUCUUAUUCCUUUUUGUCAAUGAUGUGCUUUCAAAAAUGCUUCUCAAAGCUUCUGAAUCUCGGCUUAUGCAUCCAGUUCGUCUUGGUCCCCAGCAGAUUGCCAUUAGCCACUUACUUUUUACAGAUGAUUCUCUUUUCUUCCUCAAGUCUACUUUGGAUAAUUGUUUGCAUUUAUCUGAUCUUCUGCAUACAUUCUGCACCGCUUCCGGACAAAGAAUUAACAUGGAUAAAUCUUCUAUUUAUUUUAGUCCAAAUACUCCUCUGCCAAUUACUCAUUUGAUCAGCUCAAUUCUGCAAAUGAAAGUUGUGGAUGACCCUGGCAGACAUCUCGGUCUCCCUACAAUUUGGGGCAGGUCAAAAAGAAGGGCCUUGAGUUUUGUGAAAGAUGCGAUUACGAAGAAAGUGGCAGGUUGGAAACAAUCUUUAUUGAGUCAGGCGGGCAAAGAAGUCAUGAUAAAAGCUGUCGCCAGUGCUAUCCCUGCUUAUACAAUGGCGUGUUUCAAGUUCCCAGCCUCUACUUGUAAGGAGAUUAAUUCCAUUCUCAGUGAUUUUUGGUGGGGAAGUGAUACAUCAUCUGGUAUUCACUGGAAAUCUUGGGACUUCUUAGGCCUCCCCAAAUCAGAUGGUGGUCUUGGCUUCCGCAACUUUCAGGAUUUUAAUGAUGCUCUCCUUGCAAAGCAAGUUUGGAGGUUGUUUCAGUCCCCUGAUUCUCUCUGUGCUCAGGUGCUCAAACAAGUUUAUUACCCUAACUCCACCAUUUUGGAGGCAAAACGUGGUUCUGCUCCUUCUUGGUUGUGGACAAGCCUUUUGGCUGGGAGGAAGCUUCUGCAGAAUGGUUCUUUGUGGAAUAUUGGGAAUGGCCUAUCGGCCAACUUGUGGUCAGACUGUUGGAUUCCAGAUUUUCCUCCUUCUCCUCUGAGGCCGGACAAAGCACAUCUCAACAACACUGUUUCUUCAUUAAUUGAUUGGAAUCGUCUUUCUUGGGAUCUCACUCUGAUUCAUGAUGAUAUUUCUCCUCUCCAACGUCGUCACAUAUUGUCAAUUCAGCUCGUGGAUCAAGCCUCUCCAGAUAAGCUUAUCUGGCCUUAUACAAAAAAUGGAAAGUAUAGCGUCAAAUCAGGUUAUCACUUUCAAGCUUCUUAUAAUUGCAAUAUCUCUCCCAUCCAUCCCCACCAUUCUCAUUCUGUUUCUACCUUCACCUGGAAGUGGAUUUUCAAUAUUCACACUCUUCCCAAAAUCAGACUUUUCUUUUGGAGGGCUUUCCACAAUAUCUUGGCCACGAAAGCUGCCUUAUUUAAAAGGCAUAUUACUCAGAGCCCCAUUUGCCCGAUCUGUAAUCUUUAUCCGGAGUCAGUGGAACAUGUUCUUUUCACUUGUCCUUGGGUGGUAGCAGCUUGGUUUGCUCAUCCUGUUGGUUACAAAGUUCCGAUGCAAGCAAUUACAUCAGUGGAUGAUUGGUUUGAUAUCAUUCAUACCACAACCAUUGACACCUGGUCUCCUCCCCCUGCUCUUUGUUUCAAAGUAAAUACUGAUGCUUCUUGGAAUGGAAAUUCCGUCUCUGGUGGUAUUGCAGUUGUUGUGCGUGAUGAUAUGGGAAGAAUUGUUGAUGGUUUUGCGGGUAUCUCUCCAGCCAUUUCACCACUAGCGGCUGAGCUCCUUGCAAUCUGUGAAGCCUUGGUUCUUAUUGCAAAGCUUCCUCCUUGCCCGGUCAUUCUGGCAUCGGAUUCUAUCACUCUUAUUCAGGCUCUAAAGUCAGGCAUCCCUCCUCAAGAUUGGACAGUGACUAAUUUAUUCUCUAAAGCCCGGUACCUCUCUCGAAACCGGCAAAUCAGCUGGUUUUGGACCAGCAGGAAAGCAAAUCGAGUAGCGGAUCAUGUUGCUGCUCUUGCUUAUAGAGGAAAGUGUCCCCAAGAUUGGGUUGUAAACCCUCCUUCCUCUCUGAUUCGUGUGUUGUUGUAUGAUGGGCUCCCUUGCCCUCCUGUUGCUCCUGCUCAUGGUUAGCAGGGAUUAGCUCUGCUCAUCUUCACUCUGUUGCUUUGUUUUCUCGUUUCUUUGUUUGUGUUUCUUUGCUGUAUCCCUCCCGCCAAAAAAAAAAA